UAAAAAAUAAUACACUAACUUUGAAUUUUCAUUCAAAUUACCUCUUUAUCUCCAUAACAUUUGUGAAAAAUAAUUACUGUAACUUUGCAAAAUUAUCAUUCAAGACAUGUGGGAGCAAUUGGAAAAAUAUCGCAAUCACUUUUUGCAAAAUGACUUUAAAAAUGUACUUAAACCAAGUUCCAUAAAUUGCCUACAGAAUAAGGAAUGGCAUAUGUCUAUGGGAAAGCGAGAUCUUUGUAAAUGUUAUCCCCCAAAAUGCACCACACCCUCCACUUAUUUUGAAGAUCGGGCUCAAUUAGCAUAUGGCUCAUUUGCUUUACCCAAAUUAAUGAAAGAAUUGGAUAGUGAUGUACAUUUGACGCACUGGAAAGCCGUUGUUUCAUUAACUGAAUUUCUGCUGAAUCCUUUAAAUGCUCAACGUGCUAUUACUGAAAUGGACAUUGUGAGAAAGGUAAAGAAUGCUUUUUUGCGCAUGAGAUUGAAACAUCACCAGGAGCAACAUUGUGAAGUAGAAAUGUACUUAAAGAUAUUUAAUAUUCUAUCAAGAAAUUUAAAUGGUGCCGAGCAUAUAGCUCAACGUAAAUGUCUUUUGAUGGAAUUUUAUAAAAUGCUUCAAAAAAGGGAACCACUUCAGGAUUUGGCCUCUGAAAUUUUACGCAAUUUGACAGGGAAACCCAAGGUUCUAGGUAUUGUAAUGAAAGAUGCAGAAAAUUUUGGCUUUUUGGCUAAGAUUUUUCUUCAGGAUCCCUGUCAGCCUUUAUAUCCACCACAUCUCUGGCAUCACUUGUGCCAUAUGCUGGAAAUAGCCCCUGAACAGGGCAUUCAAUUGGGUUUCUUUGAGUUUCUACAUUCUCGUCUAUUGAAUCGUUUACCCAAAUUUUGGGACAUGACCAGCAAAGCAUUUGCCCUUCUCUUACGCUGUGUGGAGGGUCAAAAGCGUUUCGAUCAAGUCGAUGGCAUUAAGCUACUCAACGACAUUUUGGAAGAUACAUCAGCUCCAGAUUCCAAGUUACCCAUGCAGCAAGUGGAGAGCUAUAAAUAUGUUGUCUUGGCCCUACUCAAUGGUCUACAUAGCAAAAAGGCUCUAUGGCGUAGUCGAGAAUUCACCAUGUUGCCCUGUCUAGUGGGUCAUGAGAUGUUCAAGACAUCGUGUCCCCAACUUCAAUUAUAUUGCUUAAAAACCUUGCGUGAAUUGGGUGUUAUGCCUUGUGUUAAGCGUUACAUUAUAGGCAAUUGGCUGGAAAGUUUACGUCAUCUAAUCUGUUUGGAUGCCGAUGCUGAAUGUGCCCGGGAUGCAUUGCUUGAUUGGUUGCGACGCGAUAUUGCCGAUAGUAGUUAAAACAUUUUAUUACUUAUUUUUUUUCUUUAAGUUUCAACGCGUUAAUAGAGCAAUUCAAAUUGUUUGGUGUCAAAAACAUCGCCUGAA